AUGUCUCUCACAGAUAAAUUUGCCAACCUGAAAGUGGCUCAGGACCUUUCGACCGAGGAGCUUGCCUUGCGCGAUCAAUGGGUGACUCUCAGCAGCCGUAUUGAGGAGAACUUGACCCAGCUCAACGACUCCCUUAGAUCAAAAACCUACAUUGUUGGUUUGAAACCAUCCGAGGCAGACACCGCCGUUUUCGAGCACGUUUUCCCACUCGCACAAAAGUGGACCUCCGUGGAGGACCUGGCCAAGUACAGACACAUUGUCAGAUGGAUCGAUCUGAUCCAGAACCAGAUCGGCGUUGAAAACAAGCUCAAGAUCGAUCACUCUGUUGAAUUGCCAAGAGAGGUCAAGGAAAAGAAGAAGAAGGACGCCAAGGACUCGAAAGACGAGCAGAAGAGCAAAGCAACAGAUCAACCAAAGGAGCAGCCAAAGAAAGGAAAGCCGACCGACGAGGCUUCUCUUGCUGCUGCCAAAGCUGCUAAAGAGGCCAAGAAGGCCGCUAAGGCCAAAGCUAAGGCCGAGGCCGAUGCUGCCAAGUCUGCUGCCGCCGCUCCAAACCCUUCGAUGGUGGACUUCAGAGUCGGAUUCAUCGAGAAGGCCAUCAAGCACCCUGACGCCGACGCCCUGUACGUCUCUACGAUCCACAUGGGCGACGAGGAGGGCCCUAGAACCGUUUGUUCUGGUCUGGUGAAAUACUAUCCUCUGGAGGCCAUGCAGCAGAGAUACGUGGUGGUGAUUGCCAACUUGAAGCCGGUCACAAUGAGAGGAAUCAAGUCGUCUGCGAUGGUUCUGUGUGCUUCUGAGGGCGAGACCGUGGAGUUCAUUAACCCACCAGAGGGCGCCAAGGCUGGAGACAAGGUUUUCUUCGAAGGAUUCGACGGCACUCCAGAAAAGCAGCUCAACCCUAAAAAGAAGAUCUUCGAGCAGGUGCAACCUAACUUCAGCACCAACGACAAGCUUGAAGUCAUUUACAAGCAAGAAGGAAAGCCGGACGCCAGAUUGGUCACCAAGGACGGUAAGGUCUGUAAGGCUGCCUCUCUUGUUGGUGCUACCGUGAGAUAA